AUGGAACGAUACUUUAAGAGAAGGUUCGCAUCAACUACUUCUAGUUCGGAUAAUGUGGGUAGUUCGAGUUCGAGAGAUGUUGAUAUUUCUAAAGAUGUGGAUAUUUCUAGAGAUGUGGAUAGUUCAAAAGAAAGUGAGUUGCAAGAUAUCUUAGCUAAUCUUAUUGCAGACCCUGGACUUCGACCUCAAAUGUUGGAUUAUGAUCCUAACAUUAGAGACGAAGUUCGAAGAGCAUAUCUACAAAAGGGUCCAUGUCAGCCCAAGGAUCACACAUUUCCACAAACUGAUCUUUCAGGGUAUGAUCGACGCUUUAAUGUCAAGUGGUUUGAUGAGUUUGACUGGUUGGAGUACAGUAUUAGUAAAGAUGCUGCAUUUUGCCUUUAUUGUUAUCUCUUCAAAUCCAAUUUCAGAAUUGGUCAAGGGUGUAGCGACGCCUUCACUGAGAUGGGUUUUAGGAAUUGGAAGAAGAAAGAUAAAAUUAGGCAACAUGUUGGACCUGUUGGAAGUGUUCAUAAUCAAUCUAGACAGUAUUGUGUGGAUCUUAUGAAUCAAAAGCAACACAUCCGAACAGCUUUGAUAAAGCAAUCAGAGCAAGCUCGUAUUGAUUAUCGUAUUUGCUUGACAGCUUCUCUUGAUUGUGUGAGAUUUUUAUUGAGGCAAUGUCUUCCUUUUCGUGGGCAUGAUGAGAGUGACACUUCAAGCAACAAGGGGAAUUAUUUAGAGCUCUUACAGUUUCUUGCUGAUCAUGAUGAGAAAGUGAAGGCCAUUGUGUUAGAAAAUGCUCCCGGGAAUCUCAAGUUAAUAGCUCCAACAAUUCAAAAAGAUCUUGUGAAUGCUUGUGCCACUGAAACUAUUAAGAAAAUCAUCAAGGAUAUGGAUGGUGCAUUCUUCUCUUUAUUAGUUGAUGAAUCACGUGAUGUGUCAGUAAAAGAACAGAUGGCGGUGGUGUUUCGUUAUGUGGACAAAAGUGGGGAUGUAAUUGAGAGGUUUGUGGGCAUUCAACAUGUUAGGGAUACUACAUCAAACUCACUCAAGGAGGCUAUUGACAUAUUGUUUGCAAGAGAGGAAUUGAGCAUUUCCAUGCUAAGAGGACAAGGAUAUGAUGGAGCUAGUAAUAUGAAGGGUGAGUUCAAUGGUCUUAAAACACAGAUUUUGAGAGAAAAUCCUUGUGCCUAUUAUAUUCAUUGUUUUGCACAUCAACUUCAAUUAGCUCUUGUGGCCGUGGCAAAGGGAAAUGCUGAUAUUGCCACUUUCUUCACAUCUUGCAAUAGCUUGGUUAAUAUUGUUGGAGCAUCGUGCAAGCGUCGUGACAUUCUUAGAGAUCAACUACAAAAGGAUGUUACGGAAGCUCUAGAAAAAGAUACUUUCCAACAGGGCGAGGCUUAA